GAAUAAUUUUAUGUUUGUUUGUCCAUAGAAUGGGAAGGUGAGGUGGUAGAUGAUUUUGAGAGAGAAGUUGAAUCUGAACUUUCAUCGACAUUAGAAUUGCAUAAAGCAUCUUUUUCCAAGACAGCAUCAAAUGAUGCAUCACCCAAUGUUGCCUGUAGCUCAAGCUGUGCCACUGCUGAUUGUAAAAUGGUGCGAGACAAUGACAAGUUUUAUGAUGAUGUGUAUUUUGACUCGGAUGAUUCAGGAAGUGAAGAGUCGGUUCAGAAGUAUUCUGGUCUUGAAGAGACUAGAGGUAGUAAACGAGUCCUAUCAAAUGGGGAGUUGUUUUAUGAUCCUAAAAUGGAUGAGCGUGAUCAAGAAUGGGUCAACAAAUUGAGAAGGUCAUACCAAAUCAAAAAUGUAAAAAGGUCAGGUUAUGUUCCUAAAAGUACCAAGAAUAAUAAUGGAGCACCUUCGAGUGAUGCAGUGUUAAAUUGCCCUGCUUGUCUCACAAUGCUAUGUAUGGAUUGCCAGAGACAUGAGGUGUAUCACAAUCAGUAUCGGGCCAUGUUUGUCUUCAAUUGUAUGGUGAAAUGGAACGAGAUUUUAAAGUUUCCUAAAAAAGACGGGAAGAAAAAAAAAUUUUCUAAAGGUAAGAAACUUCUACAGAAACAGGAAUUGUUGAGCUCCACAGGACACCAGAUUGAUUCUGUAGCUGAUGGAAAAUCACCAGAAAAGAUUGAAGAAGUUCUUGAAAGAAACUUUCAUGCAAAAAACAUUACUAAUGAAGCAAACUGUUUAGGAGAGGAGCAAUCCAGUAAUAUAACUGAGACCUGUCCUGUACAAGAUGAGGAUGAACUUUUCCAUCCAGUUUUAUGUAGUAUUUGUAAGACCAAAGUUGCAGUUUAUGAUAAAGAAGAAGUGUAUCAUUUUUUUAAUGUUGUUAGUAGCCAUUAAGUAUAUGAAUACAUUUCUAUUAGAUACAUUUUUGCAGCAUACAGGCCUUUCCCGGUUAUUGGCAGACUCGGUUAAUGGUGAUUUUCGGCACCAUAAUGCCCCGCCUUCUGGUUAUCGACACCGAUAAUAGUUAUGGUGCCAAUACAUACCUAACAGAGGCGCCAUUAACCGGUUAUAGGCACCUUAAGCGCCAUAAAUCACUGAGUUUCAGUUAAUGGUGAUUUUCGCCUAUCAUCAAGCCCUUUGGAACGGAACCCUGGCCUACAACAGGGAACUGCCUGCAUUCAGCUUUAUUCUUGUAAUAGACUAUGGUAAAAUCUGAACAUCAUUUUGCCAGAAAGGCCAUAACUGCUAGUAUCUGAUGACUGUUGGAAACAUAGGCUGAUAUCGGCUAUUCCUAAGUAUUAUGUCUUUAUGGUGAAUAAAACUCUCAACCUCUAAA